AUGAAUUUCUGCUUAUUGCUGCCUUUUAUGUUGGGAAUUCCUCUCCUAUUGCCUUGCCUUAUAGCAACAGAAAACCCUAAAACAGAGGAAGUUAAGCACCCAGCGGGAUCUCAUUUGAGAGUGAGGCGGGGCUGGAUGUGGAACCAGUUUUUUGUACCAGAAGAAAUGAAUAAGACUAGACAUCACAUUGGCCAGCUAAGAUCUGAUUUAGACAAUGGAAACAACUCUUUCCAGUACAAGCUUUUGGGAGCUGGAGCUGGAAGUGUUUUUGUCAUUGAUGAAAGAACAGGUGACAUAUAUGCUGUACAGAAGCUUGAUAGAGAGGAACGGUCCCUCUACACUCUAAGAGCCCAGGUAAUAGACACCACUACUGGAAGGGCUAUGGAACCUGAGUCUGAGUUUGUCAUCAGAGUGUCGGAUAUCAAUGACAAUGAACCAAAAUUCCUAGAUGAACCUUAUGAGGCCAUUGUACCAGAGAUGUCUCCAGAAGGAACAUUUGUCAUCCAGGUGACAGCAAGUGAUGCUGACGAUCCUUCAAGUGGCAAUAAUGCUCGUCUCCUGUACAGCUUACGACAAGGCCAACCAUAUUUCUCCAUUGAACCAACAACAGGAGUCAUAAGAAUAUCUUCUAAAAUGGAUAGAGAACUGCAAGAUGAGUAUUGGGUGAUUAUUCAAGCCAAAGACAUGAUUGGUCUGCCUGGAGCACUGUCUGGAACAACAAGUGUAUUAAUCAAACUUUCUGAUGUUAAUGACAAUAAGCCUAUAUUUAAAGACAGUUUAUAUCGCUUGACUGUCUCUGAAUCUGCAUCUGUUGGGAUGUCGAUUGGAAAAAUCAUGGCAUAUGAUAAUGACAUAGGAGAGAAUGCAGAAAUGGAUUACAGCAUAGAAGAUGAUUCAAAAACGUUCGAUGUCAUUACUAAUAAUGAGACCCAAGAAGGAAUAAUUAUAUUAAAAAAGAAAGUAGACUUUGAGCACCAGAACCACUAUGGUAUUAGAGCAAAAGUUAAAAACCGCCGAGUUGAUGAGCAGCUCAGGAAAUACCAUACUGAAGCUUCCACCACUUUCAUCAAGAUCCAGGUGGAAGAUGUUGAUGAACCUCCUGUUUUCCUCCUCCCGUAUUACAUAUUUGAAAUCUUUGAAGGAAGCCCGUAUGGAUCAUUUGUAGGCACUGUCUCUGCCACAGAUCCAGAUCAGAGGAAAUCUCCUAUCAGGUAUUCUAUUACCAGAAGCAAAGUGUUCAGUAUUGAUGACGAUGGUACAGUCUUCACAACUAACUCUCUGGAUCGAGAGAUUAGUGCUUGGUAUAACCUAAGUGUUACAGCCACAGAAAAAUACAGUAUAGAACAGAAUUCUGCAGUCCCUGUGUAUGUGCAAGUUCUCGAUAUCAAUGAUCAUGCUCCUGAGUUCUCCGAAUACUAUGAGACUUACGUUUGUGAAAAUGCAGUCUCUGGUCAGGUGAUUCAGACCAUCAGUGCAGUGGAUAGAGAUGAAUCCAUAGAAGAUCACCACUUUUACUUUAAUGUAUCUGUGGUAGAAAAUAACUCAAGUUUUACAAUCAUAGAUAAUCAAGAUAACACAGCUGUAAUUUUGACUAAUAGAACUGGUUUCAGCCUUCAAGAAGAGCCUGUCUUCUAUGUAUCCAUCCUAAUUGCUGACAAUGGAAUCCCAUCACUUACAAGCACAAACACCCUUACCAUACACGUCUGUGCCUGUGAUGACACUGGUAGCACGCAGACCUGCAGUAAUAAGGAUCUUAUGCUUUCCAUGGGAUUCAGGACAGAAGUCAUAAUUGCUAUUCUGAUAUGCAUUAUGAUAAUAUGUGGGUUUAUUUUUUUGAAACUAGGUCUGAAACAACGAAGGAAACAGACUCUAUUUCCUGAGAAAGGUGAAGAUUUCAGAGAGAAUAUAUUCAGAUAUGAUGAUGAAGGUGGUGGAGAGGAGGAUACAGAGGCAUUUGACAUAGUGGAGCUGCAGGGUGGCACGGUCAUGCGGGAACGCAAGACUCGGAGAGCCACCAGGGUAGAGAUUCAGAGCCUGUACAGGCAGUCUUUGCAGGUUGGCCCAGAUAGUGCCAUAUUCAGGAAAUUCAUUCUAGAAAAGCUCGAAGAGGCUAACACUGAUCCCUGUGCCCCUCCUUUUGACUCCUUCCAGACCUAUGCUUUUGAGGGGACAGGGUCCUUAGCUGGAUCCCUGAGCUCUUUAGGGUCAGCAGUCUUUGAUCAGGAUGAAAACUAUGAUUACCUUAAUGAAUUGGGACCUCGCUUUAAAAGAUUAGCAUGCAUGUUUGGUUCGACUAUGCAGUCAAAUAAUUAG